UAGCUAAUACAUACCAGGGCUUUCUGGUUUUAUUUAUUAUUGCCAACUCUUACUACGGAUAAAAGCUUUAGGAGCAUAGAAUAGAGAAGGUCAUCAUGGAAAUGACUACAAUGCUGUGUCUGAUUGUUCCUCUGUUUCUCACACAACCUGCACAGUCUGCAUCAAGACCAAAGGACAUAGAGAUCUGUCAGCAGGACAAUGCGAAACUUCUUCACAGAAUCCAAAUCCUGGAGAACUUGCUGGAGUUGGGGAAGCUGCAACUGAGAGACCUCAGAGGGAAUAAGUACCACUCUGUCAAGAGUAAGGUCUUUAAAAGCAAUUUGGCUAAAAGUAGAAUGGAAGUUGUGCAGAUCCCUCCAACUAGUGGGAAUCUCAUUGUUUAUGAUGAAGAUUGUGCAGCAGUGUUUGAAAGGAAAACAAAGGUGAGCGGCUACUAUCGCAUACAGCCACGUCCGCAGAGCGAGCCCUUCACUGUGUACUGCGACAUGUCAGAUGGAGGAGGAUGGACAGUGAUCCAGCGUCGCAGCAAUGGCAAAGUCAAUUUCAACAGGAACUGGCAGGAGUAUAAAGAAGGGUUUGGUCUCUUUAAAAGCAGGAAUGACGAACAAUGGUUAGGGAAUGAUCACAUUUAUCACUUGUUGGACAAAAGAGAAAUGUCACUACAAAUUGAUCUCAUGGACUGGCAGGGGAAAAAGAGAUAUGCAAUCUACGAUACUUUCAGGAUUACAAACGAAGAGGACAAAUACAGGCUGUGGGUGGAAUAUUACUCCGGUAAUGCGGGUGAUGCCCUGGCUGGUGGGAGCAACUUUGCAGACCAGUGGUCUGCAUCACUGAAGGGAAUGCCGUUUAGUACACCUGAUAAGGACAAUGACCGCUUCGCUACGGGCAACUGUGCAAAAGAAAAUAAAUGUGGCUGGUGGUUUAACAGGUGUCAUACAGGCAACUUAAAUGGGGUGUAUUAUAAAAAUGGCAACUAUGCAGGCGAAUACGACAACGGUAUUGUAUGGUCCACUUGGCAUGGGUUAUGGUACUCUCUAAAAUUUACCACCAUGAAGAUCAGACACUCAUCGUUCCUCAAUGCUGGCAGUGGGGAUGGAGUGAAUGGUUAACGGCUUUGGAUUGUUAUCACAAGAGUACAAUAUAGAGUACAUGGUUCGUUCAUUCAACUGAAGGGAUCAAUUCAACAACAUUCAAGUCGCCUAACUAUAUUUUAUAUUCAGCUGGAACACAGCGUAUAAAGGAAUCUGCAGCAAUACGCUUCAUGUUGUGUUACUCAGAGACACUGACAAAAUAAUCUGUUUCUUUUAAUCAUUUUAAUAGCACCCGUGAAAAAGUAGCAACUUAAUAAACGUUAUAAGCUCUCACCACA